AUGAAUAGUAGUAAUACAGUUAUCUAUGUUAAAAUUAAAGGAAAAAGGCCAGAUGGGUUUGUAGAUCCUCCAAAAUUCGAGUGGAAUAGUGCAAAAGAGCGCCAACUUUGGGCAAUGGUAUCAAAUCUAAAUUAUUCGCGAGAUCAAAUAGAUUGGCAAGCUCUAUCCGAAGUGCUUGAAGCACCAGGGUUUUUCCUAAAAAAAAGGACGUAUAAGUUGUUUGCUAAACAUUUGGAACUUUUACAGAUACAAUUGGAAAAGAAGAGAGAUCUUGAGAAGUUUUCAAAUGUCCAGGUAAACGACAGAAUGUUUGAGGUGUUAAAUAAUUAUAUCCCCACUUUACAAAACGAAAACUUAUUGACUGUACCGACAAGCCCAUCGGAGACGAAGGGGGAGACUUUGGAAGAAGUCGAUGAAGAAGUUACAACCGAGGCAUUACAACAUUUGCAAACCUCUAAAAUCUUAAAUAUUCACAAGGCAAAGUCAAACAGUGAAAGGAAAUUUGACCGUAACACGCCUAACGAUGGCGCUGAAAAAGAAUCUGAACGAGGUACUUCUGACGAUGAUUUGUCUUCGAGCUUAAGCGUCAGCAAGUCCGCAUUAGAGGAAGCAUUAAUGGACAGAUUGCAAUUCUGA